AUGCUUGGUGGUCUACUAGGAUCGUGGGCGUAUCAGUUCUUCAUUGGAUUCCACCAACCCGAUGAUCCGGAAGACGUAUACGCUCAAAAGGUAAUUAAUCAGUUUCUGUCCACUGAGAACCAACUGGGGAUAGCGAAUCAUGAGUUAAAAUCUCUAUACGGAUUCAAAUAGAA